AUGGCUGCUUUUGCCAUGACGAGCCCAUUGUCCAAAGAGCUUCGCUUGGCUGCGCAAGAGUUCGUGUUGACGUUGCUCUGGGUCUUCGUGUCCAUGGAUGCCCACCUCUCAGCGACGACCUGCCUGGCCAGCUGUGGCAGGCAGGGCGCCAUGAAGCCGUGUCCGCCGCCCACGUUGAACGUCCAAGUCUCCCUGGCCACGGGCUUUGCGGCGGCCGUGGCCAACGGACUCGCCUUUCGGAAGGCAGAGGAGGAUCGCUCGGCCGAGAACUUUGGGGGACAGUUCAAUCCGGCCGUGACCUUGGCACUGGCGCUGCGUGGGAGCAUGCCACUGAAGCGCGCGGUGGUCUUCGUGGUGAUGCAGCUCCUGGCAUCGCUGCUGGCGGCAUUGCUGGCCUUGGUGGCGGUGGGCAGGCCGUGCUUGCAAGACAACUUCCACAUGGCCAUGCAGCAGACGAUCCUACCUGCAGGUAGCAGGCUGCUCUUGCAUGUUCUGCUGUCGAUGGUGAUCAUCUUCGUUCCCAUCUGGGCACACGAUCGCCAUAAGAGCAUGGCGGUGCCCGUGCUCGUAGGCUUCUCGUACAUCGCGUGCUCGUUGACGGGACUUCCGCAGCUGAUGGAUGUGCCGAAUUUGCUGCGCACCUUUGGGAUCUUCCUCAUCGGCGUGAGGAACUGGUCAAUGGUCUGGACCACAGCUCUGGGUAGUUUGCUUGCUGCUCCCUUGGUGGUCCUUUUGGACAUGCUGAUCUUCCGCGAGCCAACGAACGGGACCAUGAAAGAGGAAGAGACAGACACAGAUGUGGAAGAAGACGAAGGCAUGUGA